AAUAAAGACAAACCCUCAAUUUCUUAUCCUUUGCUUUAUACACUUCCAUCAAAUAAUUCAAACACACUCAAUCUAUUUUCUCACCAUUUCCCAGUUAUUUUUCUCACCUAACCUUGCCACUCUUUUUCAUAUACAUAAAAAAAAAAAAAGAUUUUUAUCACGCAUUCUUCCAACAACAUCUAGAACAAGAGGUAAAGCACAUAACUUUAACGUUUUCUGCUUGGUUUCAAACAUACCCAGAUUGAUUUUUCUUACUACAGUUUUAUAUUUUCAGGUUUGGAAAUAUUGAGUGGAAGGAAUUUGUUAUUGGUGUUAUGGAUCCAGCAACAAGCAAAGGUAGUGGUGAAAUGUUGGAUCAUGUUGAUAAAAGGGUUUAUGAGAAUUUGAGUCAUUUGGAUGAAGGAGUUGCAACUGAUGCAGGAGCUGGAUGUAGCUUGGGUGAUAGGGUUAGUGUCUGCGGUGAAGAUCGGAAUUCAGAAGAGACUUGCAGCAAUGAUCUUGGAUUGAAUGAGGAGUUAAAGGAGAGAUCUUUAGAAGAUAAGGGUCAGAAUCAGAAUGUUGGUGUUGAUCCCCGAAAAAGCAACGAUGAAUUGCACGGGGUUGAUCAAGGGACUAGUUAUAAUUCAAGUAAUUCGGUUAAUGGGGAAGCACUUGAGACCUGUGUUGCAAUAGAUUCUUCUGCUCAGGUUGAGUGUAUUAAUGGCGGAGAUAAUAGAAAAUUGGAAGCUAAACCGAAUGAAUCGGGGCUGCACGUGUUAUCGAUUAAAACACCUAAAGGGGUGUCUGAAACUGAUAAAAAUUCAUGUGUGAUUGAUAUGAACUGUGGCAGCUGCGGAGAUUUUAACGAGAAUUCCGAUGGUGAAAUGAUUUGUAGGAUUUGCCAUCUGGCUUCUGGGCAACCGUUAGAAGCAAUGGCUGUUGGAACUCCAAAUAGUGUUAAUGAUAAUGAUAAAACAGGUUUGAUUAUGCUUGGUUGUGCAUGUAAAGAUGAACUAGGCAUUGCACACCGUCAUUGCGCUGAGGCAUGGUUCAAGAUUAAAGGAAACAGGUUGUGCGAAAUAUGCGGUGAGACAGCAAAAAAUAUUUCCGAAGUUACUGAUAAUGGAUUUAUGGAAGAAUGGUGUGAAAGUGGAUUCAUCGACAAUGGUAACACAUCACACCGCCGCUUGGUUGGAUGCUGGACCGGGCAACCAUUCUGUAACUUCUUAAUGGCGUGCCUGGUAAUAGCUUUUGUUCUGCCAUGGUUCUUUCGUGUAAAGAUGUUCUAGCUACGGAUGCAACAACUAUUCUUCCCUGUCUAUAUGAUGAGUACAUCAUUGAUCGAUGACACAUAUUUUUAUUUAAAGGCGACAUUGCUUAAUUAACCAUGUGCAAGAAAGUGAACAGGCUUGGCAUUAAUUCCUUAUUGAAUUCUUUGGAUUGGAGUGGUUAAUGUGUUCUGAAUAUAGAUUGUGACAUAGGUGUUGUAUAAAACAAUACUACUCUAUAAUGUGAUGUGAAACAAGCAUAGAGAAAGAGAAUUUCUACCUUCUUUAA